UGAGAGGCAAGGAUGCAGUUGGCACUACGCUUCUUCAACAUCAAAAGUAUUGGUCGUCGUGUUUGCUUCAAAGAUCAAACAUGUACAUGACUUUUGUACUGUGCUUGUGCAUGUGAAAAUAGACGAGGAAAAACUAGGAGCUCUCAGUCCUCGCACUCGGAUGGGGCGAAAGCAAUAAGUCUAGCGCCAUGAGGACGAACAGUGCAAACUGCUGUGAACGUCGAACAAAAGGCCGGACGUUGUCGCUAACCGGCGCAAUGUUCCAAUCUCCAGGCAGUGCCACACCGAAUCCGUUCCCUUGUGCAGCGACGUUGUUGUUCUUUUCCGCCUUUUUUGGUAUUGUUCGACACAGUGAGAAAGUGAGGGUGACUCAUACCCUGAAGAUCUUGUCGGACUUGCUGCUGCUGCCGGAAAAGACCAUGUUACCUGGUCAUCUGAAAGCUAGAAGAGGUAUACAGCGGAAAGGCGUGCAACUGCCCUUCUUCGCCCAGCCGACUGAGGACCAAACGAGCAAGUUCCUCCAGCAGGCCCUUCGCUCGAAAGCCAGUCGCUGGCAGCUGCGCAAUGCCAUUCGAGUACUGUGUCGGACGCGGCUGAAAGGUCGACAGGCCAAGUUCAAAUUCAUGGUCAUCGGCAAGACAGGCGAGGGAAAGUCAACACUGAUCAACAGCCUGGUCGGCCAGAACGUGAGGCGAACGAGCCAGGUGAAGUCAUGUACCGAUCGCCUGGGUCUCGUUCAGCCUAUUCGAGUGAAUGGCGUGGAGGUGAGCAUUUAUGACACACAGGGCGUGCAGGAUGGGGUCGUGUCCGACGAAACAGUGUUCAAAAGCAUUCGUGGCAAGUCCAUACAUUUGAUGGUGGUGUGUGUCUCGCUGAACGGACGGGCCGAACUGAAGGACUGCCAGACAACAAUUGCAACCAUCACGCGAGAGCUGGGCAUUCAGAUUUGGGAGAGAGCAGUGGUGGCCUUGACCCAGGCCAAUCGAGUAGCCACCGCUCUACAGGUGGAGCAGAAGUAUGGCAUACACCGGGAAAGCUACCGCGACAUCGUUGCCGAGUUCCAGAGAGUAAUCCGCAGCUACAUCCGCACCUCUCCGGACAUGGACAGCCGGUACGUGAGCGCGGAGACCUUGGGUCACGUACCGUUCCUGACCACCGGUCUCUACGUGGAUGGUUAUGAGUCGCUGAGAGAGCUGCCAGACACACCAGACUGGAUCAGUCGUUUCUGGCUCGGUUGCUUGCACCGCUGCACGAGGGACACCAAGCACGCCUUCCUGCUGAUGAAGGGACAGAACCUGCGCGUUCAGUACGUGCAGCCCGAUCACAAGCCAAUUGACCUUCCUGAUGCAGUUGCUGAUAUGUACGUAAGCGAGCCGCGGACCGAUCCCGGAAGCCUGGGAAAUCCCCUACUGGCUGCAACGCAUCCUGGCAUCCGUACAGCUGCUGCUGAUGUGUACGCAAGCGAGCUCCAGAAGGAUCCCGGAAGCCUGGGAAAUCCCCUACUGGCUGCAACACGCCCAAACAUCCAUACAGCUGCUGCUGAUGUGUAUGCAGGCGAGCUCCAGAAGGAUCCCGGAAGCCUGGGAAAUCCCCUACUGGCUGCAACACGCCCAAGCAUCCAUACAGAAGUUGCGGAUGUGUACGCAAGCGAGCCCCAGAAGGAUCCCGGAAGCCUGGGAAAUCCCCUACUGGCUGCAACGCAUCCAGGCAUCCACACAUCACUUGCUCCAGUCAAGGAGGUGGACUCCAUUGCUAUGCUGAAGCGAAAGCUAAGCUUUGACGACCAGUUUAGAUCUCCUAUGAACAGUGGUGGACCAUCGGCAACAGCUGUAGCUGCGGGAUAUGCCCACAACAAGCACGAUGACCCCUUCGUAUUCUUGGAUAGUAAGCUUGUUGGUGACGUGGCAAGCGUCAUUCCACUCGAGGAAGCGGCGGUCCAGAAUCGAGCAGAACUAUCUAAAGUCCUCUUGGAGCUGAGCAAAGCAUGUGAGACGGGCAGCCCUGCGCAGAAAUUCUUGUUUGACCUUGCACGUACACUCUGCUGUUCCUCUGGGGCACCUGAUAAAGAGGUAGAGGCCGCGGCCAAGGCCCUCGUACGCAGCAUUCGCCGACUGAAGCUGAAAUUUUAGUGGAAGCUGCUUUGCACCCACCAGGCGCCUUUCUUUACCAAAUUCAUCAUGUAUCCGUUGGUGGCAUUGAUGACACUGAGAAACACUGAACCAUAAGGUGCUAGUGCCUUACUGGGUGCUUUAUUGAUUGUUUGCAGCCUAUCAAUCGAGUUGCAUUUCAUGUUGAUUACUGCUAUAAAUCUGGUUUACUGUGUGUGACAACCUUCCGUUACCACAGGCCAGCUGAGUUGAUUCUCUUGUUGAUCAGUUGUUUUAAUUCCCUGAUCAUUGGUGUUCCUAUAGAUUAUUAGUGUGACUUUCCUACAUGCUUCGGCGCAUUACUAUUGGCUGAUUUUACGACCACAACAACGAUUGUGUCCACAAUUGAUGCAAUAGUGCCAUGU